GCUUUCAGUGAUAAAAGAAGGAGGCUGGGAGGGAUCUUAAAUCCAACGUAGGGAAGAUUGACAGGGACCAAACCUACCAAAUAAUUAUGAUGAAUUUAAAGGGUGGUGGGGCGCCGGAAACAGGAAAUCCACUUGAGAUGUGCGGCAGUUUAACCAGAGUCAGGUUUGUCAUGAGAACGGCCAGACGGGAACUACGAUCGGAUGCUGUUUAAAAUUAAUGCAUCGUUUCUAUUAAUUCCGAGGAAAAACGACACGUGCGCUUGUGACCAGAAUAUUUUAGUCUUUGUGGCUUGUUGCGCGAAUCAGUCACUUUUAUUUAUACAACAAGGGACAGGGUACUAAAUAACCAAAAACAGCGGUUCACACGCUCGUGUGUUUCGUCCUUUUUCAUUGGUUCAAAACACUUCCCUCUAGUUUAAGAGGAAGUAAGGUAGCUACAUUAGCUAUAUAUUUUUUUUUGUUUGCCUGUUUCCAUUUUAUCAUUUGCGGAAACGAAGUUUGCUAAAAAAAAAAAAAAAAAAAGGACCAUUGGAGGGAAAGUGGUAAACGUAUAAUAACCGAAAAUGACGGGGAAAUCAGUGAAAGACAUCGACAGAUACCAGACUGUGCUCACCUCUCUCCUUUCGCAGGAGGAAAAUAAAUUCUGCGCUGAUUGUCAAGCCAAAGGUCCUCGAUGGGCUUCCUGGAAUCUGGGAAUAUUCAUCUGCAUCCGCUGUGCUGGAAUCCACCGCAACCUGGGCGUGCACAUCUCCCGGGUCAAGUCCGUCAACCUGGACCAGUGGACCCAUGAGCAGAUCCAGUGUGUCCAGGAGAUGGGGAAUGCCAAGGCCCGCCGUCUGUAUGAAGCCUUCCUCCCAGAGUGCUUCCAGCGUCCGGAAACUGACCAAGCUGCAGAGGCCUUUAUCAGGGACAAGUACGAGAAGAAGAAGUACAUGGACAAGUGCAUCAACAUCCAGACCUUCAGGAAAGAGAAGAGCAGUGAUUCUAUAGCCAAGGAGACACCGGUUGUAUUUGAGAAAAUGAAACCGAAGAGGGAUGAGUCGCAGCAGAUCAAGAUCAGCCCAAAGAAACCAAGUCAGCCGGUUACUGACCUGCUAGGGCUAGAUACCCCUGCUCCAGCUGCCGCUGUUCCCAACGGGCGACCCAGCCCAGCGACGUCCCACUCAAUGGACCUGUUCGGCUCCAUGGCCACGCCCUCGCCCGACUCCGCCAAGAGCACGCCUGCUUCGGGGUCCAUGCCCACGGGCCGGACGGCCGCCUCGGUGCCGGAGAACCUCAGCCUGUUCCUGGACCCGGCGCCCAAGACGGAGGAGAGCGGGAAGCUGUCGAAGGACUCCAUCCUGUCGCUGUACAGCACGGUCACGCCACACACCCACAACAUGGCAGCGCAUGGUGGUAUGUACAUGACCCCGGCUCAGAUGGGCUACACCGCGCCAGGCUAUGGCAGUUACCCGGCACAGGGGGGCAUGAUGGGAGCCGUGCUGGGACACCAGGGCAUGGCGCCACAGCCGGGCGUGCCCGCCGCCUCGCCCUACAUGGCUGCAGCACAGGGGGGCAUGAUGGGAGUGCAGAACGGCAUGAUGGGAGGGAUGGCAGCCGUGCCCCAGCAAAUGUACGGAGUGCAGCAGGCCCAGCAGCUGCAGUGGAACAUUGCCCAGAUGACCCAGCACAUGGCAGGCAUGAACUUCUAUGGUACAAACAGCAUUGUGGGAUACAGUCAGCCCAUGGGCGGAGCUGCAGCGCCAGGCUCCAGUCACAUGCUGGGAUCACAUGUGUGGAAAUGAUCCUGUACCUGUGGAUUUGGGGGGAGGAUAGAGGGGCAGGGGCAAGGUAUGGG